AAGGGUUUCUUUUCUUUUCCAAUUGUGCGGCCAUGGAAACCGAUAUGGAAAGCGAGAAGGAAAUCAAUUUGAUCCGAUCAGUCGUGGGUUCCCGGGUUUCGGAACCCGACAUUCAGAAAGCCCUCUCUUGCUGCAACAACAGCGCCGCCGCCGCCAUAAACCACAUUCUCGACAACCCUUUGCCUCCGGACGUCAAAAAGACGGUUACUUCCACCGGGGCCCGGAUUUCCGGCCCGGUGAAACAGGAAAUAGGCGAAGAGUCGAAAGGAUCGGACUAUCCAGAGAAGGGCGAUAAGAAUGAGCCUAUCUGGAUGAACCAUUACUACAAGUGGCUCUCUGAAGAGGAGGCAGAGAAGAUGAAACAGGAAGGCGGCGAGUUGAAGAUUUCGAAAGUUAAGACGGAGCCUGAUGUUGGAGAUGAUAGUAAGGCUAUAGUGAUAUCUGAACCUGAUAUCAAACAUAGCGUGAAAGCUGAGCCAAUUUCAAGUGUUGUGAACAUGGCAGUUGUGAAAGAAGAGAAAGGAGAGGUGCUCUCUGUACAGCCAUUGUCUGCAAGGCCCGUGUCGGGGGAAUAUGUGGAGAGAUUCAUGUCUGGGCGUCCAGGUGGGAAGACUGAGAAGAAAGUGGAUAUGACUCUUAGUACUGUUGUGAUUGAGGAUGGGGAUUUCCCUGAAGAGGCUGAUUGGAUGUUGGUUGGGAGGAAUGUUGUGAAUGGGCUUUCGACUACGAAAGGGAGGACGAUUGAGAACAAUGAGAUUGUUCACUUUGCUUUUCCUAAGGCUGGUUCAAGUAGGUAUUCAAAAGUUGCUUCAUCUAUUGUCAGGUUCUCCACCAAACGAUUUGGAGAGAUUGGCCGCCUUCCAAUGGAAUGGGGGAACUGCCUUAUUCCACUUGUGAAUUCCAAAAAGGUAAAGGUUUUAGGUAGAUGUGUGGCGGCACCUGCGAAUCUUCAUCUGAUGCAAGAAAUCAUGUUAUAUGUCAGUUUCUACAUUCAUAGCUCAGUGUUUACGAAUGGCGAUAAGUCAUCUUGGAGGAUAGAUUCCCCUUCAGAAAUUGAAGCCACAAUAUAUCCACUUCUAACUCUGUUCAAGUUACUGAAAAUCAAUCCUUUUCAGAAGGCUGAGUUUAAACCAGAUGAUUUUGAUUCUCGCAAACGCCCACUGGACUUAGAAGGUGCUUCAGUAGAAGCUGUGGCAAAACGGAUAAAGGGUUGCAUUGAGCAGAACAAAACUGAAGAGGUUUUAUCAGAAUCAACUUUAAACAAACUUGUUGGUGCUGCAGAGAUGUAUGAUCUCAAGGAGGUAGAGCCACCUGAAACACUUGUGUGUAGCCUAAGGCCCUACCAGAAGCAGGCUCUUUACUGGAUGUCAGAAUUGGAGAAGGGAACUGAAGCUGAGCAAACAGCCAAAGUUUUGCAUCCAUGUUGGGCAGCAUAUCGAAUUUGUGAUGAGAGGGGUCCUGCAAUUUAUGUGAACAUUUUCUCGGGUGAAGCAACUGCAGAAUUUCCUUCUGCAUUGGAAACAGCAAGAGGGGGAAUCUUAGCAGAUGCUAUGGGCCUGGGGAAAACUGUAAUGACAAUUGCUCUAAUACUUGCGAGGCCAGGCAAGGGUAUCCCUGAUAAUCAAGAACUUGAGCAUUCUAGGAACAGAAGGAUUAAAGGUGGCACUCUCAUUGUAUGUCCUAUGGCAUUACUUGGUCAAUGGAAGAAUGAACUUGAAGCCCAUUCAAAGCCAGAGAGCAUUUCGGUUUUUGUUCAUUAUGGUGGGGAAAGAAGUAAUGACCCCAGAGCGAUAGCAGAACCAGAUGUGGUCUUGACAACCUAUGGUCUUCUAACUGCUUCAUAUAAGGCUGAUGCGGAGAGUAGCAUAUUCCAUAAAGUUGAUUGGCAUCGAGUCGUACUGGAUGAAGCACACACCAUAAAGAACUGGAGAACUAUGAGUGCUAAGGCUGCAUUCACAUUGUCUGCACAUUGCAGGUGGUGUCUCACUGGGACUCCACUUCAGAAUAAUGUGCAAGAUCUUUACAGCCUUAUGUGUUUCUUGCAUGUUGAGCCAUGGUGCAAUUGGGCAUGGUGGAAUAAGUUAAUACAGAGACCUUAUGAGAAUGGUGAUCUGAGAGCCUUGAAAUUGAUCAAGGCAAUUCUGAGGCCAUUAAUGCUUAGGAGAACAAAGGAAACAAAGGACAAGGAAGGGAGGCCAAUUCUUGUCCUGCCACCAACUGACAUCCAAGUCAUUGAGUGUGAACAGUCGGAAGCAGAGCGCGAUUUCUAUGAUGCCCUCUACCAGAAAUCUAAAGUCCAGUUUGAUGAAUUUGUAGCACAAGGCAAAGUUCUUCACAACUUUGCAAACAUUCUUGAGUUGCUACUCAGACUGAGACAGUGUUGCAACCAUCCUUUUCUUGUGAUGAGCCGGGGCGAUGUAGACAAAUAUGCAAACCUUGACAAGCUUGCCCAGAAGUUUCUUGAAUUCAACCCUGAUUCUGAUUCUCAGAACGCGCCUACACGAGCAUACAUUGAAGAGGUUGUUGAGGAAAUUCGUAAGGACAGCGAAAACACAGAGUGUCCCAUAUGCCUAGAGUCUCCAGAUGACCCUGUGUUCACACCUUGUGCACACACAAUGUGCAGAGAAUGUCUGUUAUCAAGCUGGCGAAAUCCGUCUUCUGGAAUGUGUCCAAUCUGUCGUCGGGUGUUAAAUAGAAACGAGCUGAUCACUAGUCCUAAAGCAACUAAGUUCAGAAUUGAUGUUAACAAGGACUGGAAGGAGUCUUCGAAGGUGACAAAACUGAUGGAUUGCUUGCAACGAAUACGCAAUUCAAAGUCUGGUGAAAAAAGCAUUGUUUUUAGCCAGUGGACUUUGUUCCUGGAUCUCCUGGAGAUCCCUCUCAAAAAAAGUGGCAUUGGGUUUUUAAGAUUUGAUGGAAAGACUCAACAGAAACAAAGAGAAAAGGUUUUGAAUGAGUUCAGUGAGACUACUGAGAAAAUGGUUUUGCUUAUGUCUCUGAAAGCUGGGGGUGUGGGCUUGAAUCUCACAGCAGCCUCCAAUGUGUUUCUUAUGGAUCCAUGGUGGAAUCCUGCGGUUGAAGAGCAGGCAAUCAUGAGAAUUCAUCGGAUUGGUCAGAAACGUACAGUUUGUGUUAGAAGAUUCAUCGUUAAGGAGACGGUGGAAGAAAGGAUGCAGCAGGUUCAAGCUAGAAAACAGAAGAUGAUCGCCGGAGCUCUCACCGACGAUGAAGUCCGGUCGGCCAGAAUCGAAGAGCUCAAGAUGCUUUUCCGAUGAUUUUUUGAUUGGGUAUUAGUUCUAGAGAGAGAGAAUCAUGCUUGCUUUUCCCAUUGUAUUUUGCGUAGUUCCAUUAUCCCCUGGAGUUUUUGUAAAUUCAAACAAAUAUUUAACGCUGGGGAUUUGAUUCUCUAUAUAUCUAUGCUCUAUUGCUCUUAUUGAUAGCGGAUCAUGUAAUGUAAAUUCGAAAAUAUGUAUAUCCGCAUGGAAUUUUGAAAUUUAAUUAUUUACU